GAUUCUAUUUAUCAUCUUCCAUUUGCGGAUCUAGAACAUAUAGACUUUUUCCGUGCGGCGCACGUGGAUGCGUAAGUGACUCGAGCGUAAUUUGCGCUCGUCGCAGAUUGCGAGGCCUCCUCAAAACGCCCCCGUCAAGUCAGUAAUUAGCCAUCAUUGUUCGGAGCAGCGUCGGUAUUGAUUCCAGUCCAGCGACACGACACCAAGCACAGGUUCCUCUUUGCACUCUCGGGCAUCGCGUCUCUCGAGAUCAGAAUCGCUGCGCUGUUGGCCGCCUCUCGUAGUGGCUGCAGCGGGACACCUUGUAGGUUCGACUGAGGACGAGCAUCUAUAUUUGGAGGACUACUCGGGGCUUUACAUACUGCCAUAGAUGAGAUGUCAGAGUCCGGCCAUUCACAUUCCCACUCCCAAUCCCAUUCCCAUUCACACAGCACCCCGGCUCGCGGCCAUGGACGACUGCUAGAGCGGACAGAGACGUCGACGAAGAUCUCUAUUGCCACAUCACCGCUACUACGAUCAUCGUCGACCUUUGGCGGAGGUGAGAAACCAGCCUCGGGGGAUGUAUCGGCGAUAGAUAUCUCGAGCCUGUCCUCUCUCUUGAGGCAGCCUGUUCUAUUUGUGCAAACGCUGCUCGCGCACUCUGAUACCCGGAGUAUAUUCCUUUUUUUGGUGCUCAACUUCACAUUCAUGUUGAUCCAGUUUUUGUACUCGUUGCUUUCACAUUCUUUGGGCCUACUAUCAGAUAGCAUUCACAUGCUGCUGGACUGCCUGGCUCUCCUGGUUGGCCUCUUGGCAAGUGUAAUGUCAAAGUGGCCGCCGUCGGCGAGCUUCCCUUACGGUCUCGGGAAGGUCGAGUCUCUGUCGGGGUUUGUGAAUGGAAUAUUGCUGGUGGGCAUUUCUUUGGGAAUAGUAGUCGAGGCUCUGGAGCGGAUAUUUAGACCGGUGGAGAUAGAGAGGGUGACGGAGCUGUUGGUAGUCAGUUUUUUGGGAUUGGUGGUGAACUUGGUUGGAAUAAUGGCGUUCAAUCAUGGACACGCCGGGCACGGGCAUAGCCAUUCUCAUUCGCAUUCGCACUCUGCGGCGAACGAGCAUGACCACUCGCACUCUGGAGGGCAAUCAGACCGGUCUAAGCGAUACUCGCUGACAGAUCUGAGUGACCCUAAUGUCUCUCCACCGCAGACUCCUAGCCACGCAGAUGGGGAGCAAGAGGCACAUAGCAGUCACAGUGACGACGAGGACUGCCAGAAAAAAGGUGGUCUACAACACAACGAGAAUAUGCACGGACUUUUUCUCCACAUCCUUGCCGAUACACUUGGCUCGGUCGGAGUGAUUGUGUCGACGUUGCUUACUUCAUACUUUGGAUGGGCAGGGUUUGAUCCGCUUGCCUCGCUCUUCAUCGCAGCACUUAUCUUUGGAUCCGCGAUCCCGCUCGUGAUGUCUUCCGCGAACUCACUCCUGAUCUCGUUGACGCCAGAGCAGGAGUAUCAUCUCCGGAACGCGCUGAACGAUGUCUUGUCGAUCCCGGGAGUAGUAGAAUACUCCAAGCCGAGAUUUUGGCCAGUCGGAGAAUCAGCAGCUAUGAAGGGCGGCAUCCGCGGCGCGAUCCACGUGCGGAUAACAAACGAAGCGGACCCGGUGGUGGUGCGCCAGAAGGUAGAGGAGCGGAUCUGCGGAUCAAUAGCAGGGGCCUCGAAUCUAUUUAUCCAGGUCGAGCGGGCUUCGGUGGUGAACGGGCUGGCUGCUGCGCCAAUGUGAAGAGGCGGAAAGAGAGUUGCACACAGGUGCAUUAGUGGAUGCAUGUGCUUAGAGCUUUGUGUGUUUGAUCUCCAUAAUAGAGCAAUCACGUGAUGUAAUGUGAACAGUUGGAUCAGUUCUUAGCGGUAAUUUCGCGAAACACGCGAAGAACCUAAAACAGUUGAAAACCUAAUCUAAGGGCGGUUCCAGAUUGAAGC